ACAACUAAAAAUGGCUGGCAUUACAUCAGCCCACUGCUUGUGUAAUAUCUUUAGUCCUUGUCGCAAUGAAUUAUCCUCAACAUUCGUAUUGAUCCAGUGGUUAAUUGGAGGAGUUUCAACAUUAUUAAACUUUGUAAAACCGGUGAUGCAACUGUUGGGUAUACGAGCACAAGUGGAAUUAAAUGAAGAGGAUUAUAAUGAUACCUGGAUUUAUAUGCCCGAUGGAGAUGGUAAGCCACAAGUGGCAUAUUUGGUGGAACCACCGCCAGAGGAUAAUCGCAAUCAAGUACCAAAACUAAUACAAUUUGAAUAUUAUGGCGGUUCAAAUCCUGAUAAGCCAUUGGUAAAUACCGUAGCAUUGGAUAACAGCGAAGCCUUUUUACAUUUACGUGCUAAACGUGAUACUUGGGACGAAAUGGCCGAGAAAUUUAAUCCCAAAUUGGAUACAAAAAUAUUAGUACAUGGCUGGAAAUCAAGCACUCAAAGUAAUUCUAUACAAUCUAUAAGAGGUGCCUACAUGCAAAAGGGACACAUUAAUGUUUUUGCUAUAAAUUGGAGAGAUCAAGCUGAUAAUAUUUAUUACUUGAGACCGGCCCGUUAUACCGUACAAGUGGGACGCGCUGUGGCCAAACUUAUAGAUUUACUGGUAGAGGAGAAAGACGCAGACCCCAUGCGUAUUCAUCUUAUAGGCCAUAGUUUGGGUUCACAUAUUAUGGGUUAUGCUGGUUCAUAUACAAAGUAUCGUGUGGGUAGAAUUACAGGUUUGGAUCCAGCUCGUCCAGCUUUUGAAGAUUGCAUUGGACCCGAAAAUCAUUUAGAUCGCACAGAUGCUGAAUUUGUUGAUGUUAUACACAGCUGUGCUGGCUUUUUGGGCUUUAAAAAUCCCAUUGGUCAUGCCGAUUUCUAUCCUAAUGGUGGCCAUCCCCCGCAACCCGGCUGCACUGAAAUCAGCCAAAUCUUUACUGGUUGCAGCCAUGGCAGAUCAUAUGAAUACUACGCGGAAUCGAUUAAUAGUGAAAAAGGAUUUUAUGCAACCCCUUGUACUUCACUGAUUGAUAUUAAAGGUGAAAAUUGUACCGGCUCCAAGAUACUAAUGGGAGAUCGUGUACCCAAAACAGCUGAAGGAAUUUAUUAUUUAAAAACUUCAAAUAAGCCAGCAUUUGCUCUUGGAAUGGAUUAAUUUUUAGCUAAUGCAAAUUUGUUUUAAAAUACUUACUUAUUUAAUUAAUUUAAUUUUUGCAACUUUAUUUUUUAUUUUGUUUAAUAAAAUGUUCUUUUGUGGGUAAAAAAAAAAA